GCUCUCCGCCGAGGGACCACCGCGGAGGUCCUAGUUGGGGACCCUGCCUCAGAGGAGUGGAAGCCAGGGGGCCACUCUUCCUGCCCCCUUCUUUUCCGUCCAGUGUCGGCAAGGAGUUGUCUCCGCAACCAGGAUGAAGAACUAUAAAGCAAUUGGCAAAAUAGGAGAGGGAACGUUUUCUGAAGUUAUGAAGAUGCAGAGCCUGAGAGAUGGAAACUACUAUGCGUGUAAACAAAUGAAACAGCACUUUGAAAGUAUUGAGCAAGUGAACAAUCUACGAGAGAUACAAGCACUGAGGCGCCUGAAUCCACACCCAAACAUUCUUACGUUACAUGAAGUGGUUUUUGACAGAAAAUCUGGUUCUCUUGCACUAAUAUGUGAACUUAUGGAUAUGAAUAUUUAUGAGCUAAUCCGAGGGAGAAGACAUCCAUUAUCAGAAAAAAAAAUUAGGCGCUAUAUGUACCAGUUAUGUAAAUCCCUUGAUCAUAUACACAGAAAUGGAAUAUUUCACAGAGAUGUAAAACCAGAAAAUAUACUAAUAAAGCAGGAUGUCCUGAAAUUAGGGGACUUCGGGUCCUGCCGGAGUGUCUAUUCCAAACAGCCGUACACAGAAUACAUCUCUACCCGCUGGUACCGGGCCCCAGAGUGCCUCCUCACCGAUGGGUUCUACACCUACAAAAUGGACCUGUGGAGUGCUGGCUGCGUGUUCUAUGAGAUCACCAGUCUGCAACCCCUCUUUCCUGGAGCCAAUGAGCUGGACCAGAUCUCAAAAAUCCAUGAAGUCAUCGGCACACCUGCUGAGAAGACCCUCACCAAGUUCAAACAGUCGAGAGCUAUGAGUUUUGAUUUUCCUUUUAAAAAGGGAUCAGGAAUACCUCUACUGACAGCCAACUUGUCCCCACAAUGCCUCUCCCUCCUGCACGCAAUGGUAGCCUAUGAUCCUGAUGAGAGAAUCACUGCCCACCAGGCUCUGCAGCAUCCCUACUUCCAAGAACAAAGGGCAACUGAGAAGCAGGCUCUGGCCAACCACAGAAAAGCAUUCUUUCCAGAGCACCCUGUGGCACCGGAACUACUCAGUAACAACUGGCAAAUUUCAAAGGAGGGCAGAAAGCAGAAACAGUCCACGAGGCAAGAGGAGGACCAUCCCAAGAGACAAGGACCAGCCUACCUGAUGGAGCUGCCCAGGCUGAAACUUUCAGGAGUGACCAAACUGUCCUCAUACUCCAGCCCGGCGCUGCAGUCAGCAUGCGGACCCAGAGCCAACGGGAGAGUCCCGGUGCUGAGGCCCCUGAAGUGUGUCGGCACAAACCAGAAGACAGAUCCACAGAAGGACAUUAAGCCUAACCUGAGACAGUAUCGCCUGCCCACGAUAGAAAGGAAAGCUGGGGGGUACUGAGGAGCACAUGCCUGUUUUGGAGUGUAAAACCAGGUGCGGCCAGCCUGGGCCUGGCUGAUGGCCUCUGAGACACGGGAGGGCUCCAAGGAGAGACCUGGUGCUGCCUUCCUCGCGAGGCCUGGCUUCCCCAAGAGUGCUGCCCCGCAGACCAGCGGCCCCGCCUGGGCCUGGAGCCCGCCAGCCCGUGGGUAUUUGCAUCCCGAAAGCAGCUGUACUGUAUGUUCCAAUCUAAUACAUUUGUAAAACCACCUCAUUCUAGAGUUUUAUUUUAUUUUCAGAACAUAAGAAUUUGGAGCAGGGAAUAUUUUGUAAUUUUUAUAUGAAUCAAAACAGAAAUGAUAAUUUGUAUGAUAUAUUAAUUAGGCUUGGUUUCACCACGGGCUCUGUGUGUUGUGCCUUCUUGAGUACAUCACUGCUAGCAUUGUAGCACAUUACAGCUGCUGGUCAUGCUCUUGGAGACCCUGGAUUUUUAUUAAAGAAUAAGCUAUCAUUACAGUA